AUAAUUGACCUCUCCGUCGAAUUUUAUUGACAGCUGACUUGACCAAUCAGCGAGUCGCUCUGACAGUAUGCGCACGCAUACUUUGACUGCAGUCACUUCCUUAGACAAACAAGCUUGUCUAAGUUUGGCUGGCGCGCUUUACGCAAUCGUUUCUAUCGGCCAACUUAUCCAGCAAAAAUGGUAAAGAGGUGCAGUCACGGUCUGUGCAAUAGUGAUGACAGGUACCCUGAACGACUAGGAGGCGGUGUCAAGUUCAUACCGUUUCCAAAACCGAAGACUGACUACGAGAAGUGCCUACGGUGGAUAAAACUUUGUGGACGACCGCAUAAUCAGCUCAAUCCGUCAAACAUCAACUGCAAUAGAUAUGUUUGCACAAAGCACUUCGUCAACAAUUUUCCAUGUGAGCAACAUCCAGACCCAUUACCUGCCAAUCACUUUGACAAGGCUGGACUAAGUAGGAAGCCCCCUACAAAAAGAAAGCCCACCCAUGAUGGAACUCAGAGAUUGGAGCCAACAGAAAAGAUAGCUAAAUCUGAC